AUGACAACGUACGUGAAGCUGGUGAAAGGGGCGACGAAGAUCAAGAUGGCGCCGCCCAAGGCGAAGUACGUCGACCCGAUUCUGCUAGGGACCGCGCAGCGGGACGAUUUCCGCGAGAUUGUGGGCGCGCUGCGGACACGGGUCGGCGACUCUGCCUGGACGGUCGUGUACAAGAGUCUGCUUGUGUGCCAUCUCAUGUUUAGGGAGGGCGAUGAGCAAAUCGUGCUCGAGUAUUUCGCGGACCAUCUGGACUUCUUCAGGCUUGGGGACGUUGUGCUCAGCCACAGGGGGAACUCGAACGACGUGCGGCUGCUGGAACGGUACGCUAACUACUUAAAGGUGCGCGCGAGGGAGUACGGCGAGUUGCACGUGGACUACGUGGGGAAGGACUACAAAUCUUUGAAGAUCUCGAUCAACUCGGACGACGCUACGUCUGUUACACGCGCACUGGCCCAUGUGGAUUCGCUCGAGGAGCAAGUUGCCGCUCUGAUCAAGAAUAGGUACUCGCAGUUCGAUCUGUCUAACGAACUGCUCCUGUACGGGUUCAAGUUACUCGUGUACGACUUGCUGCCGCUGUACAACGCACUGAACGAGGGUAUUAUUACGCUGUUGGAGGCAUUUUUCGAGCUGUCGCACACGAACGCAGACAGGACGCUGCAAAUGUACAAAAGAUUCGUCGACCUCACGGAGAACGUAGUCAAAUACUUGAAGGCGGGGAAACAGAUCGGGAUGCGGAUACCAGUGAUCAAACAUAUAACGACAAAACUGGUGAGCUCGCUGGAGGAACAUCUCCUAGAGGACGAUAAGACACAUAACACCUUCAGCAACGACUCAAACUAUCCGCCAUCAGAUUCUUCACCGACGAAAAACCUGGCACAGCAGAGACUGGAGGAGAUUAGACAACAGAAGAGACUGCUGGAGGAACAACUCAGAGAACAACAUGUGGUCAUGUCGCCCUCGGCAACAGCAACUUUCUUACCACCACCGCAACAACCUCAAGAAGUGUACAAUCCGUUCUCAGCACCGCAGAACGUGGCAGCUCAAAUAACAAAUAACCCGUUUAUGGCACAGGGGGCAACCCACCAUUCAGCUGCAACGACGACCUUUGUGUCGCAGCAGCAACCACCUCAGAUACACCAGUUUGCCACAACGCCCGCGUUUACACCAGUUGCGCAAUAUACAGGACAGGCCAUGGCACCAUUGAUGAACCAGCAGCAACUGCCACAGCAAGCUCCUCAAGCUACAAACCCGAUGGAUACAUUCAACAGCGGCUUUGCCAGCAGCACGACUGGCGGUCAGAUAACACAACCUACAAUGUCGCAGCAGCCUACCCUUGCACCAUUGCCCACAGGCUCAAAUAACCCAUUUGCAUUGAACAACGCACAGUCGACAGAACCAGCAAGACACGAUAUGAACCCGUUCUCCGUUACUCAACCACAGCAGUCAACGGGUAACAACUACGCGCAGCAACAGGCUCCAGCACAGUCAGCUACAAACAACCCGUUCUCGCUGGGCACUGCACAUCAACUGCAAUACCAAACGCCCAAUCAACAAGUGUUUCAAAACUCAAAUACAUUCCCUAUGGGCAUUCCACAACCACAAGUACAGCAGACCUCGCAAUUCAACCUCCAAAAUGCAAACACUUUCUCUCAGGCCACCGGCCAAGAGAUGUCACAGAACGUUCCAUUCAAUGCAAAUACCUUCCCACAGCAGCAGCAGCAAAAUUUCUUCCAAGGUCAACCCCAGAUGCUACCAGCCCAACAACAACCUCAACAACAGCAGCAGCAGUUUUCCAUGAACUUAAUCGACAUAUAA